AUGGGCACCGGGGAUUUUAUUUGCAUUUCCAUGACUGGAGGGGCGCCCUGGGGCUUCCGGCUCCAGGGGGGCAAGGAACAGAAGCAGCCUCUACAAGUUGCUAAGAUUCGAAGCCAGAGCAAAGCCUCUGGAUCGGGACUGUGUGAGGGGGAUGAAGUUGUGUCUAUCAAUGGCAACCCUUGCACAGACCUCACCUACCCUGAAGUCAUCAAGCUCAUGGAGAGCAUAGUGGACUCCCUGCAGAUGCUGGUGAAAAGACCAUCUAGUGGAAUAAGCGAAGCUUUGGUCUCCGAAACUCAGAAUGAACCCCAGGAACAGCUCCCACAUGGGGACUGUGUGGAAAGGACGACCCUACAGAUUCGCCCAGCCAUCCAGACCCAGCAUGGGGAGGUCUUCACCACCUCAGUCCAGGGUGGGGCUCCCCUAGCUGAAGACCAGAGAAGUGCUUCCAAUUGUAUCAGAGACAUAGAAAAAGAAACAGAUCUGAGCCACCAAAGGGAUCCCCGGGAAGGCUAUUUGGCUGAAGAAACCAUCUUGAGGGAGAAGGUAGGAGCAGGCCCUGUGGUGGAGCUACAGCUGUCACUCUCUGAGGUGAGACACAAGGGCAGUCAGGGCCCUGGAGUGGCUGUCCAGGGAGCUGAAAAUUUAAAAUCUCCUGACCCAGACUCUAGCUUCUACCAUGAGGAGGACUUGCACAUCAAUUCAGUGAUUGCUCAUGAGAGAGCAGACCCUUCUCUGAGGUCCAGCAAGAUCAUCCAGAUUUCCAGUGGCAGAGAAUUGACAGUGAUCCAGGGAGAGGAAGCUGAAGACGAUCUGGGACUGGCCCGUGUGGAAGUGAUCUUCGACUGCUCUGACAGACAGAAGGCAGAAGGGCGCAGGCUGCAGGCAGGAAAGGGGUGUGUGGUUUCCCCAGUGGAAGGAGGGCAGUCAGAAGCACCUCCUUCUCUGGUCUCCUUUGCCGUCUCAUCAGAAGGCACAGAGCAGGGAGAAGACCCACGCUCCGACAGAGAUCAUAGCAGACCACACAAGCACAGAGCUCGGCACGCAAGACUCCGGAGGAGUGAAAGCCUGUCCGAGAAGCAGGUGAAGGAAGCAAAGUCUAAAUGCAAAAGCAUCGCCCUCCUUCUGACGGAUGCCCCCAACCCCAACUCCAAGGGGGUGUUGAUGUUUAAGAAGCGCCGGCGGAGGGCCAGGAAAUACACGCUGGUCAGCUACGGCACGGGAGAGCUGGGGAGGGAGGAAGAGGAGGAGGAGGAGGAGGGCGACAGGGAGGACGCCUGCGAGGUGGCAUUCCUGGGCACCAGCGAAUCCGAGGUGGAUGAGGAGCUGCUGUCGGAGGCUGAGGACGACGGGCCCCAGGUGGUGACCUUCGACUGGGAUUCGGGCCUGGUGGACAUCGAGAAGAAGCUGCCCCGAGGGGACAAGAUGGAGCUGUUACCCGACAGCACGGGCAAGGGGGCCCUCAUGUUCGCCAAGCGCCGGGAGCGGAUGGAUCAGAUCACCGCGCAGAAGGAGGAGGAGGAGGGCGCGGGGCCCGGGCCGGGCCGGGAGGCGAACGCCGCCGCCGUGCAGGUGGACGGGCUGAGAACCGUGGCGUCCUACCAGAGGCAGGACGAGGCCUCGGUGCGGGUGCGCGGCGCGGUGAGCACCAGCUACGUGCAGCUGGCCGGGGGCGUCUCGAGCCCCGUGGCCGGCCCGCCGCAGCCCCCGCCGUGGCCCCAGCCGGGACCCUGGGCCCAACCCGCCUUUUACGACUCGUCGGAGCGAAUCGCCUCCCGGGAUGAGAGGAUCGCCGUGCCCGCCAAAAGGACGGGCAUCCUGCAGGAGGCCAAGAGGAGGAGCACCACGAAGCCCAUGUUCACCUUCAAGGAGCCCAAAGUCAGUCCCAACCCGGAACUCUUGUCACUGCUGCAGAAUUCCGAGGGCAAACGGGGCGGCGGGGCCGGGGGCGACUCCGGGCCCGAGGAGGACUACCUCAGCCUGGGCGCCGAGGCCUGCAACUUCAUGCAGGGCGCCUCCGCCAAGCAGAAGACGCCCCCGCCCGUGGCCCCCAAGCCCGCCGUCAAGUCCCCCCCAGCCUCCCAGCCGGCCACCCCCAUGUCUCCAGUCUGGUCUCCAGGACCCGUGGCUCCGACCCAACCUCCUCCUGCCUUUCCCACGUCCAACCCAUCGCCAGGCCCAGUGGCCUCCGCCAUCAAAAUCGCCCAACCUUACGCUCCCGUGCGGCCCGCCAGCGCCCUGAACCUGUCCGGUCCCUUUAAAGGCCCGCCAGCCGCAGUAGCCAAUCAGAAUUACACACCCAAGCUCGCGGCGACGCCCCCCGCGGGGCCACCCAAUGAGCUGCCCGGAAUGAGCGGGAAAGGCGCCCAGCUCUUCGCCAAGAGGCAGUCGCGCAUGGAGAAGUACGUGGUGGAUUCCGACACGGUGCAGGCCCACGCGGCGCGUGCGCAGUCUCCCACGCCGUCCCUCCCAGCCAGCUGGAAAUACUCCUCCAAUGUGCGGGCGCCCCCGCCGGUGGCCUACAACCCGAUCCACUCUCCUUCCUACCCGCUGGCUGCCAUCAAGUCUCAGUCCUCGGCUGCACAGGCCUCCAAAAUGAGCAAGAAGAAGGGCAAGAAACCCCUCAAUACUCUUGAUGUCAUGAAACACCAGCCGUACCAGCUCAAUGCGUCCUUGUUUACUUUCCAACCUCCAGAUGCCAAAGAGAGCCUUCCCCAGAGGUCACCGGUGAAGGUCAGUGCCGCCCCAGCCAUGAGACAAGCGCUUCCUCCCCGGCCCGUGAGCGUGGGCUCCCCCACGAACGCGCAGGCCUCGUCGGUGUACUCGGUCCCGGCCUACACCGCCUCGCCCGCCGGCUUCGCGGAGGCCGCCUCGCCCGCCAGCGCCUCCCCGGGGCCUCCGGGCCUGCCCACCUCUCCCAAGCAAGAAGCCGCCUCUUCCUCUUAUUUCGUGGCGCCGAGGCCCAAGUUUUCAGCCAAGAAAAGUGGUGUCACAGUUCAGGAAAGUGGUGGGCGCGCUCUUUCUCUUCCUGGAAGACCCAUCCCACCUACCAUGUCUACAUCGCUUUGGGAAUACCAGCCUGCUUACCCUGUCAAACCAACCGACAGGCUGGAGAAAGCCAACAAAAGACCAACUCCUUGGGAAGCUGCAGCAAGGUCUCCUCUCGGCCUGGUGGAUGAUGCGUUCAGACCCAGGAGCAUCCAGGAAUCCAUUGUGGCCAAUGUGGUUUCUGCAGCUCGAAGGAAAGUGCUUCCAGGGCCUGCAGAAGACUGGAAUGAGAGAGCGUCCUAUGCUUCCCAAACCCAGACCAACACAAGUUCACUUGAAAGGCUAGAUGAUAAUGUUGCAUUCCCAAUCAACAAUAGCAUGUCCACCAACUACCAAUACGGCUCACAGCCGCCAUAUGCAUUCUAUAGGCAAGGUUCCAGAAAUGAUUCUGAAAUAAUGUCCUUGGAAACCAGGUCUGAUUACUGCCUUCCACUAACCAAUUGCAAGUACAACCCACACCCAAGGGGAUGGAGACGUCAAACAUGA